CUCGGGCCUCUUUAGUAAGGGAAACAGUAGAGGAGACUUUAAAUAUGGAGGCCUCGGGUUCUGGACCCGGGGAGUCUUCUGCAGUAGAAGCUCCAGGGUCUCAGGACGAUCGGCUAUUCCUGAUUAAAGGUGGAAUUUUCCUUGGUUCUGCAGCCGCAGCGGGAAUGCUAGCUGGAUUUGUUACAACAUUAUCAUUAGCUAAAAAGAAAAGCCCCGAAUGGUUCAAUAAGGGCACUAUGGCCACGGCUGCCUUACCAGAGAGUGGGUCUUCCCUUGCCCUGCGAGCCCUGGGCUGGGGUUCUCUUUAUGCCUGGUGUGGAGUUGGCGUGAUCAGUUUUGCAGUGUGGAAAGCCUUGGGAGUUCACAGCAUGAAGGACUUUCGCAGUAAGAUGCAGUCCAUAUUUCCACCAAUCCCCAAGAACCCUGAGUCAGCCGACCAGUGGGAGGAAGCCCUGAAGUGGAAAUGACACGGGCAUGGGCGACCCUGGAACAACUGCUGUGGGGAUGGCAGCUCUGGAAAUGCCACGUCUGAAAAAGGGCUGAGGUCACUGCUCUCUAGGAACACGUGCCGAUGGCUGGCGAACCCACAGGCCACGGCAUCACCACGGCUGUAGUUGGGGCACAUGGAGGGAAUGUUUUCCUAAGGCUAAGACAAACAGUUUAAUUACCUAGACGUUCCCCUCAAGGAAGGGUCCCACGGGCAAAUGUUUCUGUUUAGAAAACCAUGUUUCAUAGUCAUCAGAGAGAGAGAGAGAGAGAGAGAGAGAGAGAGAGAGAGAGAGAGAGAGAGAGAUCUUUGUAAAGGUGGCACACUGCUCUCCAAGAAGACCCCAGUUCAUUUCCCAGAACCCCUUUGGGUGCCUCACAACCUCCUGUGCCUGCGGCUCCAUGGGAUCUGAAGUCUUGUCCUGAUUUCAUGCGCACCUCACUUGUGUCCACAGCCACAAAAGUAUACACAAUUAAAAAACUAAAAAUCUCUUCUUUGAAAACUCAGCAAGGGGUGUGUGUGUCUGUGUGUGUUCCAAUGUUUAUAUGUAACAGUAGUAGAGAAGAAGUCGUGAAUUUGAAUGGGGUAAGGGUAGACGCUGAAGGAGCUGGAGUGUGGAGAGGAAGGGUGAAAAUGGCUGGAAUGCUGUACCCACACAUGAAAU